CAGUGCACAUAUUUCGUGAAUUCAGGCUCCAGUUGAGUGAAAAAAUCCUAAAAAGUGUUGUUUUGAAGCUGUUACAUCAUUGUGAAUUUGCGAGGCUUCUAAUAGGAUUGCGAAAUGUGUUUCAAAUCACGCAGUACAUAGGCCCGGCGUGAUCCAACCCCCAUCCUCUCAAACCUGUAGAGGGCUCCAAUGGUACUGGUCAAGAGCAGGGACGAAGACUACAUCAUGAACUCUGCAGUCAGCACGGAAUCUAUUGACAUGCCUGAUGAGGACAUGUCGCAAGUAGACGGUUGCGGUCUGAGCGGCGCGUCGGAUGAUGAGGACGAGUGCGCGUCGUCCCCCGCCGGGUCGGCGUACGAUGACGGCGCCGACAUCAUAAAGUCGGCGCUCAGCGACGAGGUCACCAAGCAGCUCGCCGCCGCCGGUCCCGUCGGAAUGGCAGCAGCGGCCGCCAUUGCGUCCUCAAAGAAGAGGAAGAGACCGCACUCGUUUGAGACCAACCCCUCAGUGAGGAAGCGACACCAGAAUCGCCUGCUCAGGAAACUCAGGCAAACAAUAGAAGAGUUCGCGACCCGCGUGGGCCAGCAAGCCGUCGUCCUGGUGGCGACACCUGGCAAGCCGAACACCUCGUACCGCGUGUUCGGCGCCAAGCCGCUCGAGGACGUGGUCCGCAACCUUCGGUGCAUGAUCAUGGAGGAGCUGGAAAACGCGCUCGCGCAACAGUUCGGUGUGGGCGCGGGGCAGGCGCCGCCGCCGCCGCAGGACGACCCGUCGCUGUUCGAGCUGCCGCCACUAAUCAUCGACGGCAUCCCCACCCCCGUGGAGAAGAUGACCCAGGCGCAGCUGCGCGCCUUCAUACCGCUCAUGCUCAAGUAUUCUAUGGUGCGCGGCAAGCCCGGCUGGGGCCGGGAGUCGACGCGGCCGCCGUGGUGGCCCAAGGACCUUCCGUGGGCCAACGUGCGCAUGGACGCGCGCUCCGAGGACGAGAAACAGAAGAUGUCGUGGACGCACGCGCUGCGUCAGAUCGUGAUCAACUGCUACAAGUACCACGGCCGCGAGGACUUGCUGCCCGCCUUCACCGAGGACGAUGAUCAGAAACCCACACAGCCUAUAUCAGCGUGCAUGCCGUCCGCGUCAUCCAACUCGUCUCGCGGCUCGCCCGGCCGCUCCGCUCCAGCCGUGCUGGCCAGCCAACAAGUGUGCAUCGAUCAGAUGACGCUCGCCGACGUCGAUAUGUCACAGUACGCGCCAGCGGUAUUACAGACCAUAACCAACCCGGACGGGUCCGUGUCGCUCGUGCAGCUCGACCCCUCGCACCCCAUCAUCACGUUGCCGGACGGCACCACGGCGCAAGUGAUUCACAGCGGCGAAGGCGGAAGUGGAGUUGUCCAAACACUGGACGGCGAGUCGGUCACUGUAGAUCUCAACGCCGUGGCCGAGGCCACGCUCAACCACGACGGGCAGAUCAUCCUCACCGGCGAGGAUGGACACGGGUACCCGGUGUCGGUGUCGGGCGUGAUCACGGUUCCUGUGUCAGCGUCCGUGUACCAGUCCAUGGUGGCGUCCAUGCAGCAACAGGAUGGCGUGUGCGUGGCGCCGCUAAUGCAGGUUGAGCAAAACGGCGAAGGCUUAGAAGCCCUCGGGAUGGGCGGCGGCGUGGCGCAAGUGAUGCUGCAGGGCGGCGACGCGCAGGUGCUGCAGGUGCUGAGUCUCAAGGACGCCACCGUGCUGACCAAGGCUAUGGUAUGUACGACUACAUUUCAGCAACAAGUGAAAGCGGAGCGCGACGCAGUAGUGGCGGAUUCCUAGCUGCUAACCCUGGUGGCGCAGGCCGACUCCGACUCCGAGCUGAUGGAGGAGCGCGCGUAGCGGCCGCCGGCGCCCCAGCCGCCGCCGCCGCUGCUGUGGUUCAAGCCGCGCCUACAGGAUGGAACGGCCCAUGGGAACUAGGACUUAGAAUGAUGACAGAGACUGCCCAGGCGGGCUAGUCAAGGUGACAAUCGCUUGCGCUUCGCCAUCGAAUCGCUUUGUGUCUCUCUAUCACUCUCCUAGUGUGACAGUGACAGUUGCGUUUCGUUCGCUACGAAGCGUUAGCGAUUGGCAUGUUGUCUACGGAGCCUGCUAAGGUAAAUGGCGGUAUCUCGAUAAGAAAUAAACUUGGAAAUGGAACUUUCAAAUUAUAUUCUACUAAUACUGCUCUUUAGCUCAGCAGGGCAGCCAUGAGCUUAGGAGAGGCUUCGUUACACUGCGGCGGGCGUGAGCGGCUGUCAGUGUGAUGAGCCCUUAAGAGAUUCUCAGACUUUGCAACAAAUCGCGUGCAAAUUUUGGUAGGAGUUGCACCAAUAGCACGGACUGAUAACGCAAGGACACUCAGCAGAGGACCCAUAUACCUUAUAAAAUUUAGUGAACAUUUUAUCUGUGACAGGCAGUUAGAUGCAAUCAACGCUAAGUGCAACAAUUAUUUAUUUAUUGAUCAAAUAAGUAAUACAGCAUUACAGUAUAAAACCAAGGCACUGUGAAACUACAAAAUAAAAGAAAAGAGAAAGAAAAACCAUACACUUAAAAAUGAAAUUAACUAAACAUUAGAUUUGGGCGAUGACGUAACAGCGUGGCUCCUUUGCGUCGUCUGACUCGGCGUAAGGUUCGGCAGGUUGCUCCGGAACCGCCGAAACACCACACCCUCAACAACAAACAAUCGAAACAAACAAUUUCAAUCGAUCAUUGAAAUGCCGCAAUACAAGUAAAAAUCGCAUGCAAUUUGUUGGAAGGUGAGUGGACCCUUUAGGCAGAGACUUAAAUGACAGGUUGAAAUGUCAUCAGCAAUUAGUGCCGUCACAAGAUAGAUACAGGAUUUAGAAAGUAUUGAUAAUUUCUGUACCUACUAAAAUAGGGAGCGUGCAUGGACUGUAGGGGGCAGCACAGGAGGCUGUUUAGUGGCGUGAAGAGUAAGAGUCAAGUUUAAGUUUCCGAAGUAGGCCACAAGGUGGUAGAUCCUCUAGCGUACACGGUACCUAUUUAAAUCAAUGAAUACCACCUCUAAAUGUCGUUUUACAUCUACGACUAAUAUUAAACAAUUGUCGUUCCACGGGUAAAUGUAUCUUAUGACGGUUGGCGCUUACGCAGUUAUUUACGACGUUCCAAUACUUAUGCUGUGCUAUGCGGCGUAAGCGCCAACCGCCAUAAGGCACCUUUACCCAUGGAACUUCACAUUAAACACUAGAUUUAUUAAAAAUACAAUUUGGUGUUAAUAUUGGUUGUAGUUGUAGCACUUGUAGCACAUACUAUACAGACAAAUGAAAAGUCGUUUUAUUCUACAGAGUGCAGAGUUGUCUAUGUAGUUUUCAGUCAGUCUGCUGUUGAAACUAAGAUACGGCUGGGUGUCGCCAGCAAAGGCUCCUGUCUUUUUUAUAGCCUGUAAAAUCACACUUCUAAGGGCCUAGCGCGAAACACAAAAUUUCGUUAUCUGGCUCUGUCACUCUUGCAUAUAUACGAGCAAUAGAGAGGUAGAUAACCAAAUUUGGCUUUUCGUGUUUUGCGGUAGGCCAUCAGCCGGCCUAGCCAAGGUUACAAUCGCUAUCGCUUCGAUAACGAAAAGCAUUAUGUCUCUCUAUCACUCUUCCAUAUAAGCGCGACAGUGACAGUUCCGUUUCGAUCGCUACGGAGCGUAAGCGAUUGGCAUCUUGGCUACGCGGCCUGGUUUGUAUACCGUCUUCGACACACUUAACUUCCAAUUUAAACCUUAUUGCAACAACAUAAGGUCUACCUAUACACAGUUAAGUGUGUUGCUGAUCGUACCUGGUGCCGAACAAAAUGGCGCCCGAAACAAGAUGGCGGAUAUUUACCGCUCAGACAGAAAUUUGGCCUUCCAGUAUUGUGAAUGUCCAACUUGCCAUCGCAAUGUGUGAUAUAAGCAAGCUCGCAUGGCCCUCUCCUGUAUUGUAUAAAAGUUCUAAUAGAUAAUUAAGAUGCCAAUGGCAUUCAGAUUAUAUUAGAAUAUUUAUUAAUUACGUUACACUAAUUUAUUUAUUUAUGAGACUUAAAUUAUUUAUACAAAUCCAGUGGAUAGAGAUUUGUGCAAUAACCUUUUUACUGCCUGCUUUUAUUUUAUUUAGUAAAAGUCGCGCGGCUUGCGCCUAACGAAUAAGAAACAUUCCUUUUACAUAGGUACUAUUUAUUUUAAGCUAGAUUGUUAUUAACAUUGUUGUUUGUUUUAUUUCUUAUUUAUUUGUUACGACCUAUUUAUUUAAUUUGAUUCUAGUCUGCAGCGAGUCAGAAUACUAUUCUAGUCUAAAUGGGUAUCGAAAUAUUCUAAGUCAAUCAAAGAAGUUGGAUGCAAAAUGUUUAAAGAAACUCCGUGUAAAUAGUUGUGUAAAAUACUUAGCUGAAUUACUAGAGUAAUCAUCCUGCUAGUACGUUGUACUUGAUGCCAUAGACGACUCAACUAAAAGGCCUUGCAAAGUCAAAGACGGCUCAAAAUGGAAUCGGUGGAUAUCAAACGUCAACUUCGACUUUGCACGGCAAUUAGUUCAGUGGCCUAUGUUGAUAAAAAAUAUAUUCCUACGCGGGAACACUAACUUUCCAAGAGAAAUGAUCUUAUUCGUGUUUAAAAUUUGUGUAUACAAAAUUGUAAUUUGUACAAAAGCUGUUCUUUUCGGUUCAAUCGGAUGUUUCUAAAAACGUAAGAUUUUUAUAAAUUAGGCAUAGUUUCCAAAGAUCCGCGUUAAACGUUAGAUAAGUAAACGUAUUCAGGAAUAACGUAAGGUAGGUUCAUAGAAGAGUACAAAGUGAGAGCUCUAUAUAAUUUAUUUAAAAAUAUUCUGCGAAAAGACGGAAACGAAUAAGUAUUAACUAAUUCAGUCAUUUGAUUUGAUCUGAAUAUUGAAAGUUGUUUAUUUUAAUUUUGUUUUUAAUUUAUACCAAAGAGCGUAGUUAGAUUGUGUUUUGUUCUGUACGGAUAACGUUGGAAGCACAAUUUUGUUGUUAAGUACAAUUUGUAAUUGUAAAUAAAGGUAUGACUGUGUGAAUAUUACAAUCAUUAAAGUAUUUACGUACAGCAAA